CCAGGAUGCAAAACUGGACAUAAAUCACCAUUUUCCCCCGCUGACUGAGCUUCGGAGCUGCUUCGUGGCAUACCCACGGCCACGGAUUUCGUACAUCGGCAUAACUAGCGCUGGUGGAGAGCGAUUCUGACCCCAUGCGCCUCCAUGGACCGAUAGCGCGAGGGUAUAAAGACGUGCUCCGGUGUCGCCACAUCUGGCCUUUGCGCUCUCCACUGUGUCAAGCGCUUCCCUUAGAAUUCCUCACGAGCAAGCCGCGACUUUGUACGCCGGGCGCCCUGACUUCCGCACCAAUACCGAACGAUACUCUUCGUCUGUGCUCAGAAGACGAUUCAGGACGGGUCGGUUGAGGAAGAUAGCGCAGGACGAGAGCUAGAACCCGCGAGCGCUUGAAGCUCAAGCUCGAGCCAGUACGAGGUAUUGGUGGUCAUGGCUGCAGCAGAUCCAGAUUAUGCAGAACUUAUUCAAGGCCCUACACUCGUCGGGACCUUCCUUAACCUUAUACUCUACGGCGUGUUUAUGACCCAAGUAUACCUGUACUUCAACAUGUACAAGCAAGAUCCAACAUGGCUAAAGGCAUACAUCGGUGGUAUAGUCCUUCUCGAGACCCUCAAUAGCAUAUUCGCGAUGAUAUAUUCAUACAACCGACUUGUGCUCAACUUCGGCGAUAGUUUUGCCCAGAGUUUACCCACAUGGCAGCUCGGAAUAUGCACCGGCACAAACGGAAUUAUCGGCAUGGCCGUCCAGCUCUUCUUUGCAUGGCGCGUCCGCGCGUUGACAGGCAACCUGUUCGCCGUUGUCCCUAUUGUAGUCCUUGCGCUGGUUUCUUGUGGAGCGGCCCUCUACCUCUUCAUCGAAUCUAUCAUCGCAACUCCCUCACUCGUCCUCAAUGCUCAGCUCCGGCCACUUAUCAUCUCCUGGCUCGUAUGCUCAUCGGCCGCGGACAUAUUGAUCAGUGUGAUACUGAUCUUGUAUCUAAACAAGCACCGAACAGGGAUCAGAGGGACUGAUACGUUGAUCAACAAGGUUAUCAGACUGACGAUCCAAACCGGGGCCAUCACCUGCGUAUGUUCAUUACUGGACCUCAGUUUCUACCUCGGAAUCUCCGGUGCAGCGAUCCAUCUCAUAUUCAACCAAUCCCUCGCCAAACUCUACACGAACUGCCUCAUGUCUUCCCUCAAUUCUCGUGGCGAGUGGAAAGCACAUUGGAACAGUACCAACAUCUCACAUCGCCACCGCCACUCGCGUUCUCGUUCGGGAUAUCGUUCGUCUGAUUCGCAAUUCGAUGUCGAGACGGGGCCGGGAGUAAGUGGGUUCGUGACGAGUAGUAGAGGGAGGAGUGGUGAGGAUGGGAAUGAAAGAGGUUUGAAGGGUUGGGGAGGGAGAGGUCGAGACCGUCAGAUUGAGACGGUAGGACAGGUUGGGCUUGUGAGUGUGGAGAAUGCGUUGAGACCGGAGGUCUUUGUCAAUAUUGAGACACACGAACUUUCCGAUCGCGACGCUGAUCAUUACCUGGAUGAAACCGACCACGACCAGUCAUUGGCGUCCGCGCUGGAAUCGCAAUACAACUAUAAGGACUCCGUGUCCAUAGAUCGUAGCACUCCAGGAGACGGGGAGCGAGAUGAAAACGUAGAGUCUGGUACGGAUGUCGGACAUGGUUUACGGUAAUGGGGGGUGAAGAAACGGAAAUGGGAAGAUGUCUACGGGCUAUCUCCAUAAGCACACCGGCAGGGGCUAGGCAGCAAUCUCAUGCUUAAGAAUCGGUUCCCGUGGAACUCAAGUAAGAUGCGAUAGCGAUGCCUAACGUCAGUCCACUUGAAACGACAAAGACACAUUGCAUCUCCGUGUUUGCACCCUGAUGUGGAAGGGACUUGUACGAUCAUGCAUUUCUCCCAUUCGCCGUUAUAUUGCCUGGAACAUUGUCCGAUCUUGAUCAUUUACAUGCUCAUCGUUCAUACAUACUUAACUGUACUUUUUUUUUUGCUUUGUGCUUGCUAUCCACUGAAUUGCUGCUUUACCAAUAUAGUGUUGUCUCGCUGUCGGUUCCGC